GCCUCUGAGAAAAAAACACCAAAUAAAAUAGUCUUCCAUAGCUUCCAUCUUCGUCCCAUUUCCAUUAUUGUUCAUCACCCAAAGAGACGAUUAUAACCUGAGGGGAUGAAAUGGGCGAUACCAGUGAGGCAGAGAAUGUCACUGAGCUUGAAGCUAUGUGCAAGGAAGACUCGUCUUGGCAUCCAUGUCAAGUCUCUCUCAGCUCUACCAAAGAUAGCCUAAUUGUAGACUUUGGGGGCCAGGAGUUAGAAGAUAUGGUGUUGAACACGGAUGAAGCCCUUACGCGUCUCCGUUUUCGUUGUGCACCUCUUCAGGGUGAUGACUGCACUCGCAUUGAAGGAGAGCAUGUUCUUGCCAUCAACAAGUCACAGUCUAAGAGCCACUUCUUCGAUGCCAAGGUGGAAAAGGUGCUCAGAGUGAGACACUCAACGAGGGUCUAUUGUAGAUGCACUUUUAUGAUCAAGUGGCUUCACCAAGACCUCAAAGGACAGAUGGUGACUGUACCAUCUAGUUCAAUCAUGAAACUGACAGGCAAAAACAUCAAUGUCCAUCCAACUGUUUCUGCAUUCUUGAAAUCAGUUAAACAAAUGGGUUUAGAUAGUGCAUCUUCCGUUCCAGUCAUGCUUGAGGUUGAGGAUUUUGCUGUUGAAUUGGAUCUUAAUAAAUUUCUGGAAAAGCAAAUUGAAGACAUCACUGUUUCAGCUAAUGAAUUCAGAAAAGCAAUUACAAUAGACAUUUUAGAGGGGGUUAAAGCUGAUAACAAGGGAGAUAUUCGAUGCAAAGUAAGCAUUUCAAAUGCUCAGGUUUCUCAUGACCAGGAUCAAUCAGAAAGUAUUGCUCAGAGUUCUGGUGAGCUGGAAGUAAACAUAGAAGAUGAAGGCCCGCAAGCCCCUUGCUCAUCCAUACAAGAAGAGCAUUCAGACUUCAGGUCCCGUCUUAGUCCUCUUGCUGCUCGUGCAGCUUUGGCUUUGCUAGUAUCGAGUACUCACAAGCAUAUUGCUAUAGGUGGGACUGAGCUAUUCAACUCCCGUGACAGUGACAAUAUGUCUAGUAACACAUUAUCUUCUGAAGCAACCAAAGCCCAUAAGAGUGAAAAUGAGACCUCAGAUGCUAGAAAAACUCUCUCAGCAGCUCAGAAAGGUUUUGAAAAUCAAAACAAUGAUUCUCAUGUGAAAGAUUCUGCUGAAGAGAUUAAGUUAAGGGCCUCAACCAACACAAGAAGGUUGACUCGUUCAGCAGUCCAAGAAGAAAAAGAUAAAUCAACUAUGUCAAUUAAACAAGGGUUGGAAGAGAGCAAGUCAGCUCAUAUUACAGGAUCAAUUUCCUAUGAAGGAAAUGUCACCAUUCAUGAAAGAAAUGUAUUGAAAAAGAAGAAUGAUGCAUCGAAAAAUAAGAAAGCAGUCUCUUCGCCACUUCAUGCAGAGAGUAACAUCCCUAUGGAAGAAAGUAAUGAAAAGCCGAUGCCUGGUGAUGCUGGAGCCAUUCAAGAUAUAAAUGUUCCAAUGAAGACUUGCGCUAAGGACAACAAGUCAACAGUUCCAACCAACAUGAGGAGGUUAACUCGUUCCGCACAUUCUUCUGAGGAGAAUUUAAUAGUACCUGAAAACUAUGGAAUGGAAAAGAAAAGUGGUGGAUCAAGAAAGAAGAAAGUUGUCUCUCCUUCAUCUGACAAGGACAACACUAUGCCUGGCGAAGAAAUAAAUAAAAAGAACAUGUCUGGUGUUGUCACAAGACUUGGAAACAUUCGACAAAGUGAAGGAAAGGUUUCAGGAAGUGGUGGUAAAACACAAGGCCAGAAGAGGAAAUCUACUUCCUGCAGUAGGCAAGAGCUGCGAUUUUCUCCACGAUUAAGGUUUCUCCCUCGGACUCGCUCACAGAACAAGUCUUAAACUAUCUUCCUUCAUCAGAAUUACUCACAGCCAAAGCCUUUUGGGGGACUUAAAAGAGGUAAAAGCACUGCUUGCUUUACAUAUGUUUAACAGAGAGAACUGGGACUAUAAGUGAAACGAAUACAAAGCAUGCUUGUUUGUAUUUGGGAUCAUCUAUGUGAAGUGGACGGAUGGGUGGACAUAGCAAUAGCUUAGGAUGGCUGUUUCAGGCCUUGUUAUAUCUCUUGUCCUUCUUCCUGUUGAAUGAAUCGCAGAUGGAAUAGACAGCAUGGUAGUACUAUAUUUCAGAUAGCAGAAUAGGGACCAUCUCACAUCAUACUAUAUCUGUCUUGUUGGCUCCUCCAUGGUUUAUGGUUUAUUUGUUGUUUCUUCUUGAAAGCAUUAUUUAUAAUGUCAAUUCCAUUGGUCUUUCCAUUUGAGUCCAAUCAACCAUGCUACACCACAGUUGAGACAGUGUGAAUGGUGACCAAAGAUGAGCCAACUCACGAUAGUACAGCACUGGGCUCUGAAUAUUCACAUGAUUGCAAUUUGGUGCAUAAGUGCUUGGUGGGUUAACGUAGAAGCCAAUUUUGAGCCCAUACAUAAGAAGGUAGAUCGCAUAUUGGGCAAUUAUAUGUUUUACCCCAUGGAUAGAACUGAGCCUAUUAGCUUUUGGAAAAUGGUACACAACUAACUGUCCAUAGUGCAAGUUUUAAUGGAGCAAGAAUGAUAUCACGUAAUGUGGAUUCUUAAUCCAAUUAAGUCAUCAUCACAUAUAUUUCUCUGGACAGCUAUGAGUCUCACUUAGUUGAAAAUGUGUUUUAACUGAGCAACCAAUAAGCACAUGAUCUCGAAGAUGCUUAGCUUCAGCAUAAGUGAUUUUCCAUUUGUUUGAUUAGCUCAAGUUGAGGUGUAAAACACUAAAAGUUGUGGCAUAUGAGCUGUGCUCAUGCUGAUGAUGUUUAGUGAAUUUGUCUCUACAUUCAUGUGUAGUCUACCUAUUGAAUUGAAACACUCCUCACACGAAAAGGGCUGAUAACCUUACGAUUAGGAUAUCAAUGACAUAUGCUCGGAAUCCAAUUAUGGAUGUGAGCUGGUAGCAUGCAUGUUUUGAUUCGGUCUUACUUAUUGUCCAGUUUGUUUAAUUGUUGGAGUAUUGUUGUAUAUAUUUUGUAUUUGAACGGAAAUUAGGUAUUUUACUUCUUCAUAUUUA